AUUUAACAUCAUGAAAGACAUAAUUGUUUGAGGUAUAGUUGUGCUGAAGGAUGUGGAAUAUUUCAACGAGCAUAUGGAUUUUCGCAUCUUUUGCCAGCUUUUUAGCUCAAGGAUGCACAAGAACCAACUCGAUUGAGAAUUACAAACUACUGGGACACACAAUCACAAGCCAGGUCGAAAAAGACAUUUGGAGUUGUUUCCAAUUGUGUAAAAGUAACGUCAAGUGUCAAAGUAUUAACUACAACGCAGAAAAAUCCAUUUGUGAGUUGAAUAACAGAACUAAAAACGGGAAUGAAGUCCGGUUUGUUCCAUCAGACGGAAACGUGUAUGUGGACAAUCCCUUCAGAAGCCGUAUAGGCGAGGAAGAAUACUUUCCUGGUUUGUCUUGUAAGGAUAUAAAAGAUUCGCAGGAGAACUCUCCCAAUGGAGAAUAUUGGAUCGCUCCAUCCAAAUCUGAUGCCCCUUUUACAGUUUUCUGUGAUAUGCAAACAAACGGAGGUGGCUGGACUCUGAUCGCACAAACUGUGGUCAAAAACACCACGUCAUUAACGCCAAUGGUCAGAGAGAAAAACUACAGAAUGAUAAGUAAUUACAGCAAAGGAAUCAUACGUAUUGAUGUGUCUGCAAUAUUUAAGUUAAAACAACUCACGGGUUUCACGCAGAUACGGUUCUACUGCCAUAAAAAAACCACAGGCAGGACUCUUCAUAUUAUGACCAAAAAUGACAUCAAUGGACACAGCGUGGUGAAAUAUUUCAUUGAAGAUCCUAACAUUCAGCCAAGAGCUUGUGCCUCGUUUGAAAGGUUACCUGGGGAUAAUGCUUAUCUUUCGGUUAACUGUUCAAAAUGGGGGAAUGAUGGGAUACGUGGUGAAUGUGAGAAGUGGGGAAGUUUUAAAAAUAAGGGCAGUUUUCGUAUCUAUAACGAUCCGAUAUUCUGGGAAGGCAAAUAUUAUGUGAACAUAAAACCUUCUGUCUUGGCCUGUGACGAUUUAUACAGUUCCUCAGCCCCUCUGUCCGUAGGAGAUACAUGGCAGGUCUUUGUUCGUUAACUAUAUGAAAAAGAGAUCAGAAACUAAGCAGUUGGC